AUGUUCCCGUUGCUCUUCUUGCUGGGGCUAGCGUGCGGUCGGCUGGGUGGGAUCGCAGCGGAAGCGAAAAACUGUACCCCGACGUUCGAUGGAGCCCUCAAGGAAUGUGCCGCCCAGCUGGGCAUCUCGUCGGAGCGUCUGCAGGAGGAACACUACAAUCUGCUACUGUUUCCGGCCGAUCGCGAUACCUCGUGCCUGGUACGCUGCAUUGGGGUGUUGCUCCGUUUCUGGGACGACGCAACCGGGCUGCGGGAGUCGACGAUCCGUCAGUACUACCGGCCGGCCGAUGAAGACCACUGCUACCGCAACCGGACCCAGCGGUGCCUGCGGACAUUCGAACGGGACACCAGCUUGACGGACGUGUGUGAGCGGGCCCACCGGGCAUUUCUGUGUUACCAUCAGCAGUACGGCUAUCUGACGCAGGAUAACGCCUACAUUCCCGUGACCGGCCACGAGAUGCGUCAGGUGCAGCAGGACUGUAUGGACAUUCUGGGACUCGCGCCUUCUCGGCUAAAGCAGUACAUCGAGGGUUACUUCCCGGACGACCCUGAGACGCACUGUUUCGUGCGCUGCGUCGGACUACGAACCAAACUGUACAGUGACCGGACCGGGCCGAACGUAGACCGACUCUACAUUCAGUGCGAGUCGUGCCUGGACGAGAAGGUGUUUAAGGCUCGCGCCAACGAGUGUAUCGCAGCGCAGCGCCGGGAGAAGCUCAGCAAGUGUACGGGCGCCUACCGGACACUGUACCACUGUUUCCGUGACGAUCAACUGGAACUGUACGGUGGAACGACGGCUCCCGCCAGACAGAGCACAUCGACCACGAAGGGUGCAAGCACGACCACCCGAAUCCCGGGAAAACCGCAGCAGUACGUGUUCUACCCCGACACGAAAGCUCCGAAUAGUGGUGCCUCGAACGCGCUGGCUCAAUCCUACAAGAACAAGCUGAUGUUUAAAAUGAUCUUGGAAACCCUGGAACGCCACAAUGACGUCAUUGGACAAUAA